GUUUGAACCAGAACUGUUAAAGCUGAGUGGGGAGAAGGUCCAGUUUGAGGCUCUGCUCAAGAAGAAGAUAGGGACGCUGUGUUACCUGGAGAAUCUGCAGAAGGAGGGGGCCCCAGCAGCGAUCUGUCCUAUCUGCCGGAACGAUCUCACAGCAAAGUGGUCUGUGCUGCAAUGCGGCCACAGCAUCUGUUUAGAGUGCCUGUCACUGAUUCUGAAGCCGCAAUCGGUGAGCUUGCUGUGUCCCCAGUGUCGCCAACCUUGCAACAUACAGGAGGUGUCAUACGUGGAGAACCGGCCAGAGAGCAGCAAACCGCAGGAAGUAAAAGGCUCCUACUCUACUAAAGUUGAUGCUGUCGUCAGCCAAACACUGCGGCUCAUCAGCCAACAGCGUGACGUGAAGAUACUUGUGUUCUCUGCGUGGGAGAAGGUCUUGGAUUUGUUGGCGGAGGCAUUCGAAGAAAACAGUGUUACCUUCAGGCGGAUGAAAUCCGGAAAACUCAAACAACGGCAGUUUAUGAAGGAAUUCAAGACAGGAGACGUGACUGUGCUGCUGCUGCCUCUGCGCUCUGGUGCGAAAGGUUUGAACCUUGUGGAGGCCACCCAUGUGUUCUUGGUAGAGCCCAUCUUGAACCCUGCUGAGGAGUUGCAGGCUGUGGGCAGGGUCCACCGGAUAGGACAGACUAAACCGACGGUGGUCCAUCGAUUCAUCGUGCGGGGAGAGACUAUCGAGGAGCGGAUAUUGGCGGCGGUGGCAGCGAGUGGGGCGGAGCAGUGGAGUGACGACUGCGUCACACUGCAGCAGUUGCUAGACCUGUUCACCAGUGACCUAGAACUGUCACUGCCUGGGCCUUCGGUGGUGGCGGUGGACAGUGAUGACAGUGGCAGUGGCAGUGAGAGCGAUGGAGAGCAGGACACAAUGGACGGCAGUGAACUGAUCGGUGAGGAAGAGGCGGACAGUGGGGAUGAGCUGUGA